CACCACCACCACCACCACCACCACCACCACCAUUGUCGACGGCCAGAAGUUGGAUACAACACCCGACACCAGUACAGAGAUCAUAAGUCGUUCGAGAUGUCGGCCGUCUUGCACGGCGCCCGCCAUCUCAAGCAGGGCAUAGGUGUGCCAUCAAGGCAGUGGCACGGCUCGUCCCCUGCAGCUGCUAGACCGAUACAUAUCCCAUCUUCAAUACCCCACCUAAGUGGGGCCCCGCUGCCACCGCCAACACCUGCUCAGCGUCUCUUCUCUCAAACGCGCACGUUUUUCUCUCGCUUCAUUGGCCAUCUCACUGCACCAGGCUAUAGCCACGCAGUCGCUUCCCGCCCUGCCCAUGCAUCCAAGUCGCUGCUCCGUCCAGCGCACUAUCAUUCUAGUGCACAAAGCAUAAGAGCAGGAUUUUCUCUUCCUGUAAAGCAUGCGUUAUCUAGACCCCUCUCGGCACUCCGCCUGCCGAGAGCACCUACUGUUCCCGCCAAUGUGACCCAAGUUGGUCUGGGCACAGCUAGAGCAUUCCAUUCUUCUCGCCCCAUCUUCCAAAAUAUGGUCGAGAAUGUCCCUAUCGCUACUCGCGCGCUUUGGGAAGCUGAAUGGGAAGGUAAAAUGAAGAAGCAAGAAGCCCGCAAACUUCGUCGGGCGAAAGAGAACUCCGCCCCUGUUGCAAAGGUCCAGGAGAGGCUCAAGCCCAGAUCAGAGCCCAUAAUCUCUCAGGCCAAGAAGGACUCUGCAGCGUCGUCUGAGCUUGACGUUUACUUUCCCCUCCUUCCUGCUCCCGAUGUCACGACUCAUCUCCUUGUGCCACUCGCCCCCACGCCUACUGCGCGUGUGCCUCUGGCUGCGGGCAACUCCAGACACCGUCUCCUACCAGUUUCAGAGAUAGUGUCUACUAGCCGCAACCAUGAGUUACACGCCCUUCGUGUGUCAACUCUGUUCUCGAGGCUCGACGCCGGAAAUGUUUGGGACGACCCGGGUGUAAGCGUUGAUGCUUAUGCAUAUGGACCAAGGGAUGUUGCCAGCGAUACAUGCGAAAGGCAGUGCACUGUUCUGCGUGUUGCAUUCGCUGGUUGGACAUCGGACCGCGUGCGUGCCGUCGUCGGGCCGACAGCAGAAGAAUGGUGCGCAUUGGAAGAGACUCGCGUCUCCACACCAAGCACCCCGACACAAUUUAGCAUGGAAACUCCGGGGACUUGCACCUCCCCGCUAUCUCCGUUGAGCACUUCGUCUGACAGGGACUCAGUGUCUGAGCUUGACCUUGAUGAAGCUUCUGAAGUCGAGACGGCGAACUACGGGUUUGCGAAACCGAGUGCGCAAGAUGAGUUCAUAAUUCCCACACUCGACUUUUCGUCAUCAUUCUCCGAGGCCGCCCACACUGCUUCGAUUCCAGCACCUUCACAGCGAGAGACAUACAUGCAUACUGCAUCUGAACUGGCGGAUGAUACCGACACAGAUUCAUGGUUCCUUGCAUCGGGAUUGUCCUCACCAUCUCUUGUGUCGUCUCUCUCACUCUCUGACUGUGGUUCGGAAGUGGCAUGUCCUUCGUCAUACACUGUGGUGCCCCGAGUCGGACUAAGUUCGUCUUUCACGCAAAGCAUUUGGUGCAGCGAGCAGGGGACGUGAAGUCUAACGUGGAAAUAACAUACAAGUGUUGUCCACCCUUUCUAUGUUCUGAAUUGGUUUCUUGCCCUGUCCUUGUCUUCUAAAUUGUGUGCGUGGUUCAGUUUUGAAUUCUGCUUGUAUAGUAUGUACGCUGUUGGCUUCAAAUAAACACAAAAUGAACGACAAUCAGAGGCUGUGAGGGUCUUCGUU